AUAGAACAGCGGACAAUGGAAGUUGUUCAGGAAUUACAAGAGCGUGCAUUACCCGUCUACGAACAAUUAAAGCGGUACAAUGUGUGCGAUGACAAUGAGAUCAGUGAUUAUAAACAAAAACGAGAGUCGUUUGCCCUACAACUUACACAAAAGAGUGUUAAUAGCCGCACUUAUGUGGAAUACAUUAUACUCGAACGUAAAAUGUAUCGCUUGAUAGAGCGCAAAGAAGCCAACUUUAAAACUGAGUUAAGAGGCCUAAAGAACAAUUUGAUAAAUCACAUAACGAAAUUGUACCGAGAAUGUCUACAAAAAUUUCCUGAAUCCGAAGGUUUAUGGAAUCACUUCAUAGAGUUCAGCAAACAUUCCAAUCCCAUGCAAGUACUUGGUAUCUACGAAAAAAUGCUCACGUAUCACGGCUCCAAUGAAAAAAAUUGGGUUGAAGCAGCACUCUGGGCCUUCAGCAAUGAUAGCGAAAGUCUUGUAUGGCAAGAUAUUUGUACAAGGGGUCUACAACGCCAUCCUAAUGAAGAAAUACUUACCAAAACAUUGUUUGACCUCUUGGUAUUUGUGGCACAUAAGAGAGCAGAAGCUGGACAGAAACUUGAUUAUGAGAGCGCUUUAAGACAAGCGGAAUGCGUUUAUAGGAACAGUCGCACAACGAUUACGAAUUUAGACUUCUUUCUGGGCUUAGUGCGACGUUGUGAAGAAUCUUCUUUUAUUAAUAUUACAGCUCCACUACAGUUAAAGAUAAUCGAUGAUUUAAUGGAACGUUACCCGUCACAAGAAAGACUUUGGGAUUUCUUGGCGCAGCGUGAAUUGCGAGGUUAUACAUUAGGUGAUUUGAAAGAAUAUGCUAAAACAAUAGAAGUCGACAAAGCAGACGAGACUCAAGACUCCACAGAAAAUGGGGUUAAUUUCAUCAAACCUGUAUUUAAGGAUCGCACAAUGAAGCAACGUAUUGAAUUAUGCGCCAAAGUAUACGAAACUGCAUUAAAAACUCUGAAAACUCGAACCAUUUGUCACAAUUACAUUAGUGCAAUGCUAGUGGUAAAUGAAAAUAAUGAGACGGAUUUAAAAACAAGACGAAAGUACUUGGCGAUGGCGCUAAGAAUUGGACAUGAGUCAGGUCUAAUGAGUGAGGAACAUUACUGCGUAUUUUUGCGCUUAUUAAUCGUGACUGAAACUGGCAGGAAAAUCGCUGAGUCGAUUCUAAGCGAAGUUUGUUCUGCAUAUAAAUCGGUGAAAUUAUACGAAGUAUGGGUUUCGUAUUAUAUUAGUCAAAACGAUUCGGAUAUGGUAGAAAAAAUCCACGCCAAAGCUGUUAAAGACUUAGGAGAUAAGUCAGCACCCAUAUAUGAAUUGUCUAUACAAUAUUUCAAAACACGAUACGAUGAAGACCGUUCCACACUUGAACGGCUAUAUCGUGAUGCAAUCAAAAUGACGAGUCCGAAAUUCGGCAUAUUUCGAGCGCAAUAUUUGGAGUUUUGUAUGAUUAAUUCUCCCUUAGACAAAGUACGCAAAGAAUACGAUCAUUUAAGUCAAUUACCGCCACCAUGUUUGAAAUUGCAUGAAAAAAUGGCCGAAAUAGAAUCCCAGGUUAUUUUAAGGACUAAAAAGGAUACUGAACGACGGCGACAAGUGUAUGAAAAUAUGGUUUUGCAGUUUGGAAAGGACAACACCUCAGUGUGGAUGGAAUAUGUUCGCUUCGAAUGUUCAUAUGGCGAUAAGAAUCGUGUAACACAUAUUUAUGAUCGUGCGAAAGCUACAUUGAACGAGAAUUUAGUAUAUCCAUUCCAAAUGGAAUAUGAUCUAAAAAAGGAAAAUUUUAAAGCUGAAGCAGAUUAAUUUAUGUACAUAUCUAAAAAUAUGUAAUGUGCGAUUUUAAAAAUUGAAAUAAAAUCUAAACAUCCAUAUCUACUCAUGCUUUGCUAAUAAA